UUCUGGCGUUCCUCGGGAGCGGCAUAAUCUCCUUCUGGUAGCCUGCACACCAUCGUCAUCGUCAUCACUACAGACCAGUGUGUGUGAGAGAGAGACGCUUGACGAACUCCACAAUCUUGUUCUUGUUCUUUCGGUCAAGCAAUCUGGUUUCUCCCUCUUGAUAAGGAAGACCAGAUUCCAAUCAGAUAUGUUGCGUGCUAGCUUCUCAUAACUUUUUUUUUUAUCAUACACCCAGCUAAUUGGAUCGCUUGGGGGUCAAUGUCUCACACCUUGCACUGGAUUUUGUUUCUUUUGAUUGGUUUAGUUGACACCUGAGUUUUUCUGAUCACUUGUAUAGUCUUUUUCUUCACUCUCUCUGUUCUUUUUUGGAAGGAAUUCACUCUCUAUUCCAACUCAUCUCUGAUCACUGCACUGAACAGUAAAAAAAUUAGCUAACUAGCUGCUUUGGUGAGUCCUGUUCUUGUCCACUUCACUUGCGAGGAUCCAAUCAAUCUUCCUCCCAAAUACAGACUUCGCAACAGAUUGGAUUGGAUUGGGUUUUUCGUCGCAAUGCUGAAGAAGACGACAUCAGGAGAAGCUGCAACUGCAAUGGGGUGUGGUGAUCCCCAAGCACCCUCACCUCCGACCACCAAGGUCACCAAUGGCGGCAGGCCGUCCUCUCUGCUGCUCUCCACAAGGACACACCCAAGCAUCUUCUCCAUGGAUGCUCCCAUGUGUAGCCCAACCUCCAUGGCUGAGCAGUCCAAGAACCCGCCUUGCUCCAUCCCAAGAAAUGGCUGCACCGGCAGGUCCGGCUCCUCUCACUGCCGCGGAGGCAUGGGCAGCACGGCCGCCGGCCUCGCGGGCUUGCUCGUCGCCGGCGAGGCUGACGAGGGGUGCCGCAAUAACGGGAGGGUUCUCCUCGGGAUGCGGCUCAGGGUGCAGCUGCCGCCGCCUCCCGGUAAGGGGCUCGGCGACCUCCCGGGCUCGCCGAUCGAGUUCGGCGUCAAGAAUAGGGACGCCCAGCUCGCGCUGCUCUCGCCGGUGCAGCGGUCGCCGCUGUCGUCGGCGGCGAGGGCGGCACGGAGGAGCGAGGUGGAGGAGCUGGCCGAGGACUACACCUGCGUCAUCGCCCGGGGGCCCAACCCCAAGAUGACCCACAUAUUCGAGGACCGCGUCGUCGAGAGCCGCGCCGGCGCCGGCGGCGACAAAGACAGUGGUGGUGACGCCUGCAGCCCCCCUCCUGAGCUCUUGUUGUGGGUGCAAGAAGAGGCUGGGGCAGGGCAAGGAUUCUCGCUUGCUGCAAAGAGGUGAGAAAGCACUCUGCAGCAGCCAAUGCCACAGUGAAGAGGUGCUCUUUGGUAAAAGGAUCGGCGAUUCGCCUGGAGCCCUGAAUCCUUCAGCCUGAAUUUUAGCAGAGCCUAUAUGUGAGUGAGAAAUCGUUAUUCGUCUACUGAGAAAUUUUGAUCUGAAUGGAUGUAUGAUCGGUGCGGGACCAGAACUAGCCGCGUUUUGUCCCCAUUUUUUCAGUAAUCAGAACUGAUGAUCAUGAGAAAUGCUGAGUAGUCUCGGCCUGCUGCUC